AUGACCGCCAGUACGAACCGCAAUUCCAAUUCGUCGGUCCUGAUCGACGUCGAAAACCUCAGCGUCGAGUUCCCUGUCAGUUCCGGUACCCUCUUCUCUCGCAACCGCGCCAUCCUGCACGCCGUCGACAACGUCUCGUUGAGCAUCCACAAAGGCGAGAGCCUCGGCUUGGUCGGCGAGAGCGGCAGCGGCAAAACCACGUUGGGACGCACGAUCCUGCAUCUGCAAAAGGCGACGAGCGGCACCGUCCUUUUCGAGGGUCAACCAAUCAACACCAUGAAAAACCGCGACCUUCGCACGCUCCGGCGCCGCAUGCAGAUCAUCUUCCAAGACCCUUAUAGCUCCCUCGACCCCCGCAUGUCCGCCGGUGCCAUCAUCGGCGAGGGCAUCGCAAUUCACAACCUAGCAUCCAGCCGCGCCGAGUACAACCGCCGAGUAGCCGAACUUCUCGAAAUGGUCGGCCUCAACCCCGUAAUGGCGAGACGUUUCCCCCACGAAUUUAGCGGCGGACAACGCCAGCGGAUCGGCAUCGCGAGAGCCCUAGCCGUCGAACCCGAUUUCAUAAUCUGCGACGGACCAGUCUCUGCCCUCGAUGUCUCCAUCCAGGCCCAGAUCCUCUCCCUCCUCGCCAACCUCCAAUCCGAACUCGGACUCACCUACCUAUUCGUCGCCCACGACCUCUCCGUAGUCCGCCACAUCAGCGACCGCGUCGCCGUCAUGUACCUUGACGAAUCGUCGAAGUCGCAACCAGCGCCGAUCUCUACAGUAAACCCCUGCACCCCUACACAUACGCCCUAA